AUGAUCCCCGAAAAAGACACGUGUCAGGCCUGGAAUCGCUGGUCCAGGGAGCCUGGAAAUGUAAUUAGUAGUGGUGGGAGACGCCUGGCUAAACGGACCCUAAGGGGAAGAAAGGAAAAGAGGUAUUGUAUUCAUCAAGAAUUCGCGGAAUUCUUAAUUGAAAAACGAGAAUUCGCCGCAAAGGGAUUCGCGGCCCCAAGUGGGCCCAUCCCGACCUGACUUGGUCCGGGCUGACUUAAAUGGCUUUCCGAAAUUAAGAAGGGGAUAAUAAUUUGGAAAACCGAAAGGUGCGGAGGAGGAAUGCACUCCGUCUCAUCUUUUCUUGGCCCGUUCAAGGCGAUAACAAGAAGAUGGGCACAGAAGACGCUUUCUAUCCCCCCAUCCCUUUCUUCCCCUCAGGCCAUCGUACCCGGGUUAAAGAAGAUAAAAAGAGUGCGGAGACAGUUUUUCUCUACUUUCUUGCAAAGGCGGCCAGCCACGGCACCACGAGUCGGUUGUCCCUCGAGGCUCGGCGGCCGGCUCUCUUUCUCUCUGCUAAAGUGACAUCGCCCGCUUGGUUCGGCCGGUCUCGCUUUUACUCUGCCCUCCUUCCUCACCUUUUCGACCGCCGCUUUUCCUUCCGAAAAAGAGACUCGGCCUGA